AUGCUGAAUCGCUCUAAACAAGCUGGGGAAUGGAUUCUGAAAAAUCCGAAAUAUAUUUCCUGGCUUGAAAACAACGAAGCGGACUUACUUUGGAUCACAGCAAGGGUUGGUUGUGGCAAAACGACACUAGCAUCCCACAUUACCCAAAAGGUCCAGGCAAACCCGUCAUCUCGGUCCUCCAACAACAACAACCUGAAGCCAGUGAUACUAUACUUUUUCUUCCACAAGUCCAACGUGGAAGCUGAAGGGACAGCAACCGGUGCCUUAAGAACAAUUGUCAGCCAGCUAGCAUGUCAAGUCCCAGAUGUCCUUCCGAUUGUCUUGGGCCGAUAUGAGUUCUUGUCCACCAAAGGUAAUUUCGAGUGGUCAUGGGAGAAUCUAUUGACUAUGAUUGGAAAUAUGCUUGAGCGUAUUCCAAUCGACUUAGAAGUCUACGUUAUCCUGGAUGCACUGGACGAAUGCGAACCGGAGUCUCAACGACUGCUUCUGGACUGGUUGCGAGAGCUGGUUAAUAACGGUAAACUUUCAGCGAUGCCGAAGACCUCAAGACCAUCGCUCAAAUUUGCCAUCACGAGUAGACCGGACGGAAACAUCUUCGAUAGCUUAUCGUGCUUCCGCACUAUUGAGAUGACUGCUUUAGAUACGGCGACUGAUAUGCACACGCUCAUAAAUAAUCGGAUUAAAGACUUUUCUCGCCGCCGCCAUCUGGAUAAGGAAGCGAGCCAAAGAAUUAUCGAUUUUUUGGAAGAAAAUUCUCAUGGAAUGUUUCUCUGGGUAGUCUUGAUAAUCCAAGAUCUAGAACGUCGAGAUGAACGCUUGACUGAGGAGGUAAUCACAGCCAAGUUGUCGAGCAUUCCUUUGACACUUCUCAACACCUACGAAGCAAUUCUCCGUAAUACCCCGCCAACUCGGAAAAAGGAUAUGUGGAGAAUUUUUCGUUGGCUGCUGUUUGCGAGACGUGGUCUUACUCUUGCUGAACUGGAAGUGGCAUUG